AUGGUUGAAAAGAAGUUUAAAAAAUUGCAAGAAGGGACAAGAAAAGAUGUGGAACACGGUUUUGGUGUUCUAAAGGGAAAAUGGGGCAUACUUAGGCGACCCAUGCAGACCACAAAUGUUUACAGGAUUAGGAGCAUGACGUAUGCGUGCAUGAUAUUGUACAACAUGAUUUUUAAGGACGACGGACAUGCCUUCUCACCAGUCCACACAAAGGAUCCUUUAGUUCAACCCGUUUUGGACAACGAUGCCAUUGGUGAGAUUAUGGAUCCAUAUACGCAUUUUCGAUUUGACAUUGAUCUUGUGACACAUAUUGCAAUUUAA